AUGCAUGCGGAUAUGGUUUUCAAGGUUUCUCUCGUCUCUACAUCUCCUAUUGAUGGCCAGAAACCUGGAACUUCUGGUCUCCGUAAGAAGGUGAAAGUGUUCAAGCAACCCAAUUACCUAGAGAAUUUUGUCCAAGCAACAUUUAAUGCUCUUACACCGGAGAAAGUCAAAGGUGCCACACUCGUGGUCUCUGGUGAUGGCCGUUAUUACUCAACGGAUGCUGUUCAGAUCAUAAUUAAGAUGGCAGCAGCUAAUGGUGUACGACGUGUGUGGGUUGGUAAAAACACUCUGUUAUCAACUCCUGCUGUAUCAGCUGUGAUUCGUGAAAGAUCAGGACCUGAUGGAUCGAAAGCAACCGGAGCAUUUAUCUUAACAGCAAGUCACAAUCCUGGUGGCCCUACUGAGGAUUUUGGAAUCAAAUACAAUAUGGAAAACGGAGGACCUGCUCCUGAAUCAAUCACUGACAAGAUUUACGAGAACACUAAGACAAUCAAGGAGUACCCAAUAGCAAAAGAUCUACCCAAUGUUGAUAUUUCUACCGUUGGUGUGACCAGUUUUGAAGGACCUGAUGGAAAAUUUGAUGUUGAAGUUUUUGAUUCAGCAGAUGACUACGUUAAAUUAAUGAACUAUGAUGCAUUGCAUGGAGUUGCUGGAGCCUAUGCACAUCGCAUCUUUGUCGAAGAACUCGGUGCGCAAGAAAGUGCGUUAUUGAACUGCGUACCCAAGGAGGACUUUGGAGGAGGUCAUCCGGAUCCCAAUCUGACCUAUGCUAAGGAGCUUGUGGCACGAAUGGGAUUAGGCAAAUCGAACACCGGAGGUGAACCUCCAGAGUUUGGCGCCGCUGCUGAUGGUGAUGCAGACCGUAACAUGAUCCUUGGUAAAAGGUUCUUUGUAACUCCUUCGGAUUCAGUUGCCAUAAUUGCUGCAAAUGCUAUUGGAGCCAUACCAUACUUCAGCUCUGGUUUGAAAGGUGUUGCAAGGAGCAUGCCUACCUCAGCUGCUCUUGAUGUCGUUGCAAAAAGCUUGAAUUUGAAGUUUUUUGAGGUUCCAACAGGCUGGAAGUUUUUUGGUAAUCUGAUGGAUGCCGGGAUGUGUUCUGUUUGUGGGGAAGAAAGCUUUGGAACUGGUUCUGAUCAUAUCCGCGAGAAAGACGGGAUUUGGGCAGUUCUUGCGUGGAUGUCCAUACUUGCUCACAAGAACAAGGACAACCUUGACGGUAACGCUAAACUGGUGACGGUUGAAGACAUUGUCCGCCAGCAUUGGGCUACCUACGGCCGUCAUUAUUACACUCGUUAUGACUAUGAGAAUGUAGACGCAGGUAAAGCUAAGGAACUGAUGGAACAUUUGGUCAAACUGCAAUCUUCAAUCCCUGAAGUCAACAAGAUCAUAAAAGGAAUUCGUUCGGACGUGGCGAAUGUGUCCAGUGCCGAUGAAUUCGAGUACAAAGAUCCAGUUGAUGGCUCCAUCUCCAAGCACCAGGGAAUCCGUUACUUGUUUGAAGACGGAUCACGACUUGUGUUCCGUCUCUCUGGAACUGGCUCGGAAGGAGCAACGAUCCGACUCUACAUUGAACAGUACGAGAAGGAUGCUUCGAAAACCGGACGAGAGUCUCAGGAUGCUCUGUCUCCUCUGGUUGACUUAGCUCUGAAGCUGUCCAAGAUGGUGGAGUUCACUGGUCGAUCAUCCCCCACCGUCAUAACAUAA